CGGCCCUCAAAAGCCCACCUCCUCCACUCUCCGUCUUCCUCUCCUCCUCUCUUUCUUCCUCUUCCUCUUUCACCCUCUGAUCCCAAAUCCACCAGUCCUCAGAUCCAAUCUCCAUUUCCUUGCAAUGGCUACCGCCCCCUCUCUUCGCGAGGAGAAUGUUUACAUGGCCAAGCUUGCGGAGCAGGCCGAGCGCUACGAGGAGAUGGUCGAGUUCAUGGAGAAGGUUUCCGCUUCUAUCGACAAGGAGGAGCUCACCGUCGAGGAGAGAAACCUCCUCUCCGUCGCCUACAAGAACGUCAUCGGCGCUCGUAGGGCCUCUUGGCGUAUUAUUUCCUCUAUCGAGCAGAAGGAGGAGAGCCGAGGUAAUGAUCACCAUGUCUCUGUGAUCCGUGACUACAGAUCCAAAAUCGAGAGCGAACUCUCUAAUAUCUGCGAUGGAAUUCUCAAACUCCUCGAUUCCAGACUUAUUCCCUCCGCGGCCUCCGGAGAUUCCAAGGUAUUUUACCUUAAAAUGAAAGGCGAUUACCAUAGAUACCUGGCUGAAUUCAAAACCGGUGCCGAACGGAAGGAAGCUGCCGAAAGUACCCUCACUGCUUACAAAGCCGCUCAGGAUAUUGCAAAUGCCGAGUUGCCUCCCACGCAUCCGAUCCGACUUGGAUUGGCUCUCAACUUCUCUGUAUUCUACUAUGAAAUUUUGAAUUCCCCUGAUCGUGCCUGCAGUCUUGCAAAACAGGCGUUUGAUGAAGCCAUCGCUGAGUUGGAUACCCUCGGUGAGGAAUCCUACAAGGAUAGUACUUUGAUUAUGCAACUUCUCCGCGAUAACCUCACUCUCUGGACCUCGGACAUGCAGGACGAGGGUGCGGAUGAGAUCAAAGAAGCUCCCCCCAAGCGCGAGGAAGAAAAGCAGUAAGAUUAGUGAGUCCCCACCCAAGUAGGGGUAUAAACUUCUCCAUAAUAUGUUUUUGAUAGGAGAAGAUGCAUGCUUCUUGUUGCUUAUAUUUGGUACUAUCCUGAGUUGUAAGGGCUCUCAUGUCAUUUGUUGCCGGAUUGUGACCCGAGCUACAAAACCUCGUUUACUUUUUUCUCUUUCAUUUUUAUUCUAUAAUCUAAAAUCAGUUUUUGUUUGCUUCUCUU